AUGACGGCGAUUGGAGCCGCCGCCUCCAAGAAAUUCUUGCCGAUGGGAACAGUGACACCGCUGAUGGAAGGCGACAUCGACAGAUACCCCGUCGAAUGUCGUCUGGGUCUACAGACUAUGAGCGAUUGCAUUACUUCGCUUCGUCAAGCCGCUGAGUGGGGUAUGGGCGUUUCGAGGUUUCGGGUGUAUCGACAGCUGUUGUUACCUUUGCCGUACAACCCGUUGAAACGGCGAACAAGACUCGACAACAUCUUCCGCUUGUACAACUUUAGACGAACCCACAUUGUCUGUCGGCCCGUGGAAGCCCGCCUUGUGUCACCAAGAAGCACUCUGUUCUUGCUAUGGUCCUCCACUUCUACACUGUCGCGAUUGAGCCCGGGGUUUCGGGGUUUCGGGGUUCCCCCGAAACAGCUCGAGCCCAAGGCACUUCAAGAACUCUUUGGCCUUGUGUCCACAACGUUUUCGAGGAUUCUGCUCCGGGCCGAAGAUGCCCUUUCCGUGGCGUUGGGCAUGAUGCAUGACACGCGCAUUGCGUGGUAG